AUUGUUGAUAUGUAAAGCUGUCUUUUUUCUCCAGACAACGAUACAUCUAGGCUCUGAAAAUGGACGAAAAAUGGUGAACUUUCGUGGACCACACAAACCUGCACAGAACUCGGCUAAAUUCCACAAAACUCGGCCAGGAAACGGUUGGUAUUGUGCUCCCGUGCUUCCUACGUCUGUGCGCAGCCAUGCAAACCUUCCUGGCACCAAUGUUAUUUAAGCACAGGAGAUGUCAUUUGAUUACCCUCCAAACAUUCAACCUCCGCUCAGAGGCAAAACAUUCACCGAAGGUAGGGAAAGAACCACAUAGCCGCAAUGGCCUCGCUCCGCAUCCUUUCGGCGGUCGCCCUCGCUGUUAUCAUGGCUGGCCUUGCCGGCACCUCUGACGCCGUCGACCUUCCUGACUACAUCGUCCAGGGCCGGGUCUACUGCGACACGUGCCGCGCAGGGUUUGAGACAAAUGUCACCACGUACAUCAAAGGUGCCAAGGUCAGGCUGGAGUGCAAGCGCUUCGGCACCGAAAAAGUCGAGCGUGCCCUUGACGGUGUGACCGACGAGACUGGCACUUACAAGAUCGAGCUCAAGGACAGCCACCCGGAGGACAUCUGCGAGGUAGUCCUCAUCCAGAGCCCUCUCGCAGACUGCAACAAGAUCCAGGCACUCAGGGAUCGUGCCCGUGUCGAGCUCACCAGGAACAUUGGCAUCAGCGACAACCUGCGCUUGGCCAACUCGCUCGGCUACCUCAAGGACGUGCCGCUGCCUGUCUGUGCUCAGCUUCUCAAGCAGUUCAAGUCGGCUGAUGAUGAUGAUGAUGAUCAAGUGAAGGCCUGAAGGGGCAGUCACCGGACCGGACAGGCCGGAUGCACUGUAAUGUUGGAUAUAAUUCCCAACAUGCACAAACAAUAAUAUCAGUUACCCGGCAUGAUAUCGGCAAAGUGACCGAAGCUGCAUAACUGUGUCAAAACACAUGAAAAAUGUAACUUUGCCAUCUACUAUCUAAUGUUACUUCCGGCCUUGUGACUUACCA